AUGGCCGCCGCAAGAUCGAACGUUUCCAGUGACCUGGUUUGGCAGAUCACCCGCACCCAGAAUGCGUUUCUCGUCAAGCGCAACAACGGUGGUGGCUCCCAGUUUUCUCGUGACCCCCUGAACCUGCAGAACAAGCAUUCUUUCAAGUAUGCUGGAUAUGCCAACACUAAGGCCAUCGGUGUCCAGCCUACUGAGGACGGCGGUGUUGCAGCCAUCACCAAGAAACCCGGCAACCCUCAGCAGCCCGCGAAGAAUGUCGUCACUGUGAACUAUGGUCCCAAGACCUCCAACCGCAAAAUUUACAAGGGCGUCGCCGAGAAGUCUGCUAAAAGCGGCUACCGUGCUGAUCUCCGCCAAGAUGCCGUUGCUCGUGUGAGCGCCAUCCGCCGCACGCAGAAACCAAAGAAGGACACACCACCCAGGAAGCCCAGAGGCGCCCAGGCCAGGAACGCCGCAGAGAAGGUAUCUGAGUAA